AUGUCUGCAGAACAAACCAAAGUGGAACAAGUUACAGAAGGUGUCGCCAAGUUGGAUACCAGCGCUCCAGCCGCAUCUAAAGAACAAGUUGUCACCCCAUGGGACGUGGAAGGUGCCGUUGAUGAAACUGGUAAGGCUCAAGUGAUUGACUAUGAGAAGCUAAUUAAACAGUUCGGUACCAAGGCUGUCAAUGAAGAGACAUUGGAAAGAUUUGAAAGGGUUACCGGUCAUAAACCUCAUCAUUUCUUAAGAAAAGGUUAUUUCUUUAGUGAGCGUGAUUUUACUAAGAUUUUAGAUCUUUAUGAACAAGGGAAGCAAUUCUUCUUGUACACUGGUAGAGGUCCAUCCAGUGACUCCAUGCAUAUGGGUCACAUGAUUCCAUUCGUCUUUACCAAGUGGUUGCAAGAUGUGUUUGAUUGUCCCUUAGUCAUUGAAUUGACUGAUGAUGAAAAAUUCCUUUUCAAACAUAAAUUAAGUAUCAAUGAUGUGAAGAAAUUUGCCAAUGAUAACGCAAAGGAUAUUAUUGCCGUCGGGUUCAACCCAGAAAACACUUUCAUCUUCUCCGAUUUACAAUACAUGGGUGGUGGAUUUUAUGAAACCGUUGUACGUGUUUCCAGACAAAUUACAGGAUCCACCGCAAAGGCAGUCUUUGGGUUUACUGAUUCAGACUGUAUCGGUAAAUUCCAUUUUGCCUCCAUUCAAAUUGCUUCAGCCUUCCCAAAUUCUUUCCCUGAUGUUCUAGGGUUGCCAGACAAGACACAAUGUUUAAUUCCAUGUGCCAUUGACCAAGAUCCAUAUUUCAGAGUAUGUAGAGAUGUAGCAGAGAAAUUAAAAUUUGCUAAACCUGCUCUAUUACAUUCUAAAUUCUUCCCUGCCUUGCAAGGCUCUACCACUAAGAUGUCUGCCUCAGAUGAUACUAGUGCCAUCUUCAUGACCGAUACCCCUAAGCAAAUCCAGAAGAAGAUUAAUAAGUAUGCCUUCAGUGGUGGUCAAGUCACCAUUGAACAACACAGAGAAUUGGGUGGUAAUCCUGAUGUGGAUGUGGCGUUCCAAUAUUUGUCCUUCUUUAAAGAUGAUGAUGAAUUCUUGAAGGAGACCUACGAUAAGUAUAAAUCUGGUGAGUUACUUUCUGGUGAGAUGAAGAAACUAUGUAUAGAUGUGCUACAAGCGUUCGUGAAGGACUUCCAAGAACGUAGGGCACAAGUGGACGACGCAUUGAUGGAAAAGUUCAUGAAGCCUCAUAAGCUGGUCUGGGGACAGAAGGAAAGAUUGGUCCCUGCUAAGCCAAAGGAAACGAAGAAGAAAUAG